GCCGGCGCCCGAGAGCGUUCCGCGCCGCGCGGGCUCGAGGCGGGCGCCGCCGCCUGCCGCAGCCCUGCCGCAGGGCAUGGCCGGGGCUCCGCGCCCUCGCGCCCAACCGCUGGGCCCCGUCCGCGAUGGUGGAGGGCACCGAGGACGUGUGGCCCACGCGGCACGAGCUGGAGCAGUGGCUGGUGCGCUCUGCUGGAGAGGUCGACGCUGCAGCCUGCGCCCUGCGCAAGCUGCUGCAGAGCAACCCGGGCCUGAGCACUCACCUGACAACGGAUGGCGAGAUUGCCGGGAUCGUCCAGCUGUUUGCGAAACGCUUCCGGACCCGCAUCAUCCAGGCGGAGACCCCCAUCCAGAUCACCACCCUGUACCAGCCGCUCUGCGAGGUGAUCUGGCGCGUCAUCGGCGCGGUCUUCCAGUCGUGCUCCCAGCUGGGGGGCGGCGACGGAGCCGGAGGACAGCCGCAGUCCCUGCUGGCUGGGGUGCAGAAGCCGAUCAUGCCCCACGAGGCCCACGGGCAGCUGAGAGUGCUGCUCAAGACGAACGAGGACCUGAGCAUCAAGCUCAGCGAGGCGCGGCGCUCCUACCUGCGGGAGCUGGCGCAGCACCGGGACCGGCAGCGCACGCUGAGCCCCGAGGCCGUGCAGCUGCUCCAGAACCUGAAGGAGCAGCCCGUCAUGUUCUACGAGCCGCUGGAGACCGUCCUCGACGACUCGACGAAGGCGUUCGUCCGUGAGGUCGUCGAGGAGCGGAUCAAGCUCGGCCUACAGACGGGCGGCGGGGGAGACGACAGCACAGUCGGGCUGAACGCGCAGAUCAGGACGCUGGAGAAGGAUUGGCGCAGAGGGCUCCGCAGCCCAGGCUGGCCCGCGCGGACUUGACCAAGGAGGCCGCGAGGAUCAAGCACCUCAGCAGCAACCUGGACGAGGCCAAGGAGUACAACGCGAAGGUGAAGGCGGAGUUCGAGGAGAAGGUCGCGCAGCUCGAGG